UCUCUAUCUAUUCUUCGACUUGAUUUCUUACUUCCAUUAUCACAAAAAAUUUUAUCAAUAUUUUUAUCAGUUUUUAGUGUAAUGAUUUUUUAAAGAUGUGGAUGCCCAGUGCUAUGUAAACCCAAGUUAAAAUUUUUAUUUUCAAUUCUGUUUUUCAAACACCUCAAAAAUGGACGUACUCAAUAAAUUUCGCUCUACAGUUACAAGUACAAUGUCACAAUUGUCAACAGUUCUACCUGGCAAUCCUGUUACAAGAGAGUAUGAAGCUACCAAACAUAUUGCAAGUGCUGGUGUUGGAUUACUUUGGAAAAUAUACAGUGGGUAUAAAAAGUCAACGCAACAACCUGCAUCUAUUUUUGUAUUAGAAAAGAGACUAUUAGAUAAAUGGUCAAAAACUGAACGAGAACACAUAAUAGAGGUUGUCAAAAAAGGUGUUGCCCAACUAGCCAGACUCAAACAUCCUCAAGUAUUAACUGUUCAACAUACUUUAGAAGAAUCUAGAGAAAGUUUGGCAUUUGCUACAGAACCUGUGUUUUGUAGUUUGGCUAAUGUACUUGGUAAGAUGGAAAACACACCUCAGCCAGUGUCCAAAAAUCUACAAGAUUACAAUCUAUUUGAUAUUGAUAUUAAGUAUGGCCUAAUGCAACUUGGUCAAGGUCUUGCAUUUUUACACAAUGAUGCUAAGCUACUACAUCAUAAUUUGUGCCCAGAAAAUGUUGUAAUUAAUGAACAAGGAGCAUGGAAAAUAUUUGGAUUUGAUUUCUGUUCUCAAAGUAUCAAUCCAGUAGAUCCAAAUCCCACAUGGCCCAGCUGGGAGUAUAAGGUUGAUGUCCAUCCAUGGGCACAACCAACUUUAGAUUAUUUAGCUCCUGAAUCAGGUUGUGAUCACAUCCAAAUUAAGGCCAAUGACAUGUAUUCUCUGGGAGUGUUAAUUUUUGCCAUCUAUAACAAAGGAAAUGCACCAUUACAGUCAAAUCACGAAUGGUCUAUUUAUAAACGCAAUUUACAAGAAAUGAAACAUAACACACCGAAAAUAUCAAUUGUUGAUGCUGGUCUCCGAGAUCCAGUGAGAUUAUUAUUAAGUUAUAGACCUGAAGACAGACCUGAUGAACAUGAAUUUUUAAAAAUUGAAUUUUUUAAUGAUGUUGGAGUUAAAACAUUAAAUUAUUUGGAUUCACUUUUUCAAUGGGAUAAUUUACAGAAAUCCCAAUUUUAUAAAGGCUUACCUCAGAUAAUGGAAAAAUUACCUCACAGAAUUUGUCUAAACAGGAUUCUGCCUUGUCUUGUAAAAGAUUGUGUUAAUCCUGUUAUGAUACCCUUUGUCUUACCAAAUAUUUUUUAUGUCUGUGAAAACUGCACUAAAGAUGAGUUUGUUAAUCAUAUUUUACCAUGCUUAAAGCCUAUAAUGAAAGUGCAUGAACCAGUUCAAGUUCCUUUCAUAUUCCUCCAAAAAAUGGAAUUAUUAUUAAAAUUAGCACCACUAGAAGAUCUCAAAUCUGAUAUAUUACCAAUGUUGUAUAAAACAUUGGAAUUGGAUUCAAAACCAGUUCAAGAAACUUGUCUAUCUGUGAUUCCAUCAUUAGCUACUCUCGUAGAUGGUCCUUCCAUGAAAAAUGCUUUAUUACCUAGGAUAAAAAGAUUAUGUUUGUCAACUUCUGAUCUUUCAGUUCGUGUAAAAUGUCUUGUUUGCAUUGGUAAAUUAAUUGAAUAUUUAGACAGAUGGCUAGUACUUGACGAUAUUAUUCCAUUUUUACCUCAAAUACCUUCCAAGGACCCAGCUGUGAUUAUGGGCAUUUUAGGUGUAUAUAGAAUUAUUCUUUCUCACAAAAAAAUGUAUAUUACAAAAGAAACUAUGGCCCUCAGUAUUUUACCUUUUUUAAUACCAAUGUGUAUUGAAAAUACACUAACGCUGAAUCAGUUCAAUGUUUUAAUUUCAAUUGUGAAAGAAAUGAUUACUAGUGUUGAAACUGAUCAUCGAGCUAAAUUACAACAACUAAAUGAACAGCACAGAUCAAUUUCGAAUAGUUUAACUUUAGAAAAUGGAACAACAACAAAGCCAAAUGGUUUGACAAAUGAAUUUCAAUUUGAAAGUUAUGUUGAAAAAUCUUCAAUGCAAAUAUCUGGUUCCAAUGAUAUAACAACUAAUUUAUCUUCCAACUAUGACAAAUCAAAGACAAACAAAUCACAAGAUGUACCAUUCCGUACGUUUCAGCAAGAUGUUACCCUUACUCCAAGCAUAGAAAAAAUCAAUAAAAAUAAUCCAGUACCCAAGGAUCUCACAUCGUCUCUGAUUGAUUCAAAUAUAAAUCAAAUAAGUUGGUUAAAUCAGAUGAAACCUACCACAAGUUCAUUAUCUCAAUCAAAAUCAAUGGGAUUUGAAAAUAAAUCAAUGAGUCUUCAAGGAAGACUUUCAGGACUUGAUAACAAUUCAGUUAACCCACAAACUAAACCAAUGUCGCUUAAUAAUUCAGCAAGUAACUGGAACGAUUUAUGGAUAAAACAAGAAGAAACUCAGCCACAAAUUAAGCAGUUGUCUCUAUCUGAUAUAAAUGAUUUAUUGAGCUGAGAAAUUACUUAAUCCACUAAACAGUAAAUGUUACCUAACUUACUUAUUAACUUUAUUCAAGUAUUUUAUAUUUUAAACUUUAGUCACUAUAUUUAUUUUUGGGAAUUACUUCAUUGAUUCCUUAAUUAUUUAUUUUUAUAUUUAUUUUAUUAUUUUCUAUUCACCAUUUCAAAAUAAUAAUAUUUUUUUUUAAAUUAAUAAAUAUUCAUCUAGUUGAACGUAUUCAAAACCAACAUUUGGAAUAGAAAAAAUGUAAAACCUUAAAUGUACAACAAAAGUAUUAUUUUAAAUUAAAACAAAUCCACUUUUUAUCUACUUGAAAAAUUAAAAUAAAUAAAAUACUAGGAGGAACAGAUUCAUUCAAACUAUUAGUAUUAUUAACUUAGUUAAACAAGUAACAAAUAUAUCGAGUAGGAAAUUAAUUAUUUUUUUAUUUAUUUAUUUAUUCUUUAAUUUGUAAUAUUAUACAUUAUAUUAAUUAAUGUUUACUAAGCAGAAAAGAAUUAAUUAUGACUGAUAUUUAAAUAUAUUUGUGAUUUAACUGUAAUACCAAUAUACCAUGUCAAAGUUACUCCAGUGGGAGGAUUCUUCAUUCUGGGAAACUUGUCUUUUUUAAUUGUAUUUUUCAUAUAUCACUUAUUGCUCUGAUAUAUAUGUAACAGAUUUUGUAACAUCAAAUUUAAAAUUUAAAAAGAAUUGUAAUUUUAUAACUAUUAACAUAAGUAUGAAAUACACAAUAUCUCAUACAUCUUGAAAACUAACUUAUUUGUUAAAGAAAAAUACAUUUUAGUUUCUCUGCAAAAUGUUUAUAUUCUAAUCUCUCAAAGAUGGAUGGAUACUGACCAGUAAUCACAGACACUAACCAUGUUUAGAUCUGUGGUAUACACUGAAUCUCUUCUCUUAGCCCCAAAAUAUGUACCGGGAAAUUCUACUUUUCACCCGUCCCACUUUUUUGACCUGUCACUACUAUUAGUUUUUUCUGGUUUUUUAUAAAUUUUAAUUGAUAUAAAUUCCAUAACAAAACAAUUGAAAUAAUUUUUCUUUUAUCAAGAUCAUCACCUCGGACUCAUGGUUCAAUAUAGGUAUGAUGGUACGACCCCUUUAAUACUAAGAGUCAUCGAGAAAAUUCUCUCUCGGUGUCCCAAUGAGCUAGUUCAACCCUGCUUUUCUCUUAAUUAUAAUAUAAAAUCUAUUAUAAUACAUUUUUAUUAUUUAUUAACAUAAUUUUUAUUUAGACUGAAAUCUGUUACAUGUGUUGAACAAAUGAACAAUAAUAGUCUUGAUUUAUAUUGUAUACAAUUAUGAUAAAAAA